UAAAAUAUUACACAACUAUUAACGUUGAACCAACGUGGAGCCAAGUAUAGACUACAGAAUCUUAACCUUUGAUCAGUCAGCUGUCUUAUGUGACAAGCUGCCGUCGAAGUUUAUGAAACCCCAGAAAUAAUUGAAAUAAUUCUAAAUAAUGACCUCAACCUUUGAAAUUGACGAACCCAAAUACGUUAAGGAGUACAAAGUCCAUUUGGAAAAAUUUGCAAGAAAAUUAUAUUGAUUUGAAGGAAGACUGUAAAAAAGUCGGAAAAGAUACAUUUUAAAUAAAAAUAAGAUAAGAUGACGCGAAUGGUGUUUGGGCCUUGGGACUUUGCCAUCAUGACAUUGACUAUGAUUACGUCCAUCGGCAUUGGUAUAUAUUUUAGAUUUAGUGGAGGGAAGCAGAAGACAAACGAGGAAUACCUUAUGGCAAAUCGUAACAUGUCAAUAUUUCCUGUCGCUGUAUCAUUGAUGGCAUCAUUUGUAUCAGCCAUUACAUUAUUAGGGAUAUCGUCUGAAAAUUACUAUAAUGGCAUGCAAUUUGUCGUUAUAAACAUAUCAUACUUUUUGGCUACUCCGGUAGCUUCUAGAUAUUAUUUGCCGGUGUUUUUCGGCCUGCAGAAGACAAGUACUUAUGAAUAUUUGGAAUUAAGAUUUGGACCGCGUAUACGCACGUUGGCGUCUUUAACGUAUACACUCCAGAUGAUACUUUAUAAUGGAAUUGUGUUGUUUGCACCAGCGAUAGUUCUAGAAUCAGUGACGGGUCUGGAUAGAGUAAUCUCAAUACUAGUGGUGGGACUUGUUUGCACGUUUUAUUCGACCAUAGGAGGUAUGAAGGCUGUUCUCUUUACCGAUUUGCUGCAAUCGUUUCUGAUGUUUGCAUCUGUGGUCAGCGUGUUAAUAUUUGCAUCCAUACAAGUUGGAGGUUUGGGAAAUAUAUUUGCAGCAGCUAAAGAAGGGGGGCGUUUGGAUUUUUCACAUGUGAGCUUGGACCCAACAGAACGCCAUACAUGGUGGUCACUCAUCAUUGGUGGUUUUAUUAUGUAUUUAUCUUUAUAUGCUGUUAAUCAUACGCAAAUUCAACGUCUGUUAACAGUUAGCACAUUGGCCCGUUCCCAGCAAUGUAUGUGGUGGAAUUUGCCUGUAUUGUCUGUCCUAAGUAUAGUGACUUGUAUCAGCGGACUCGCGAUAUAUGCGGUGUACAAGGAUUGUGAUCCGUAUGCUGCUGGAUAUAUCACAGCUAUAGACCAGCUGAUGCCGUACUACGUAGUAGACGCGAUGCGCUCAGUGCCAGGUUUGGCAGGACUUUUCGUGGCGGGAAUCUUCAGCGCUUCUCUUUCCACCAUUUCCGCCUCUUGCAACGCGCUCGCAGCUGUCACUCUCACAGACUACGUCAGCAGAUGGUUCAAAAUUAAUGACUUGUACAUACCUUGGCUGACUAAGAUCGCGGCGUGUGGAUAUGGCUUGUUGUUUCUGGCUCUUGCAUUCUUGGCUGAGUAUUUGGGAGGUGUUCUCCAAGCUGCGUUAACGAUAUUCAGUGCUGUUGGUGGACCAUUGUUCGGAGUUUUUACUCUUGGAAUGUUUACUACGUAUGCUACGGAGAUGGGAGUAUCGAUAUCUCUACUCAGUGGCAUGUCUCUCACGCUGUUGAUGAAUUUUGGCGGGCCGCGACCACCGAUUGGAAAAUUACCCGUGAAUGUGGGUAAUUGUCCGGGAAAUGUGACAAUCACACCAAUCCCUAUUGUUGACCCAAGUGAAUACUUCUACUUGUUUAGGAUCUCAUAUAUGUGGUCAAGUCCGAUCGGCUUCGUAUGGGUGCUCGUUGUAGGUUCUAUAAUAUCGCUUGUAUGGCGUCAACCUCAACCGUGGCAUCAAGCAGGAAAACGCCAUCCUGAUCCAAAGCUCUUUACUCCACCACUAGCGAAGAGGUUGAGGCGUAAAUACCAAGAAGACCAGAGCGUUGAGGUACACCUCAUCAACGCCGAAUAUAAAUAGUAAAUUGUAAGAAUUUUUAAAAUAAUGACGUUUUAAAUAGAUUUUGUAAGAAUUUUAUGAUCGGAUCGUGUAUUGUGUUGCCAAGUAACACAAAAUGGCUGUGAUGGACAGUAUUGUGACAAUGAUAAGAUAAAGUACUUAAUUAAAUACAAGUAAAAUGAUGCUAUGCACCUGCAAUGACCUGUUGGACAAAGGUGUUUUUCUAAAUUCCUAUUUAUAUCUUAGAAUAUCCAUUUAUUUGUUUUCCUUUUCUAUCCUAGCUGGCUUUUAAAAAUUGCGUUGUUCCAAAUUUAACCGAGUCUCUUCGAGGCACUUAGAUGAGGCCCAAUUAACACAAUUAAAGCCAAUGUUAUUGCCAAAAGGGGCCCAUCAAGUAUUAUGUAAGUACGUCGUUGGUUUUCUUAUUUGAUGAUUACGUCAUCGGUAAUUAUUUAAUUAGUAUUGUCUUUUAUUAACAUAGCUUUUACACAUUUAAAGAAAACACCUUUUUUACCGGAUUGAAGCCAUGUAUUAUUGUAAACUUAUAAGAUGAAAGGUUUCUGCAGAAAUUGCUCUGGAGGAUACCGUAAGCAAUUCCUGCAGAAACCCUUCAUCUUUUAGUCGAUACCGACUCCGGGGAAGUAAAAACAAAUAAUACCACCUUUUCUACAGCUGUGAUACUUUUUGACAUUCAACACCUUUUGGGUUCAGACCGUGACCACGCGAAUUUUUAAAAUUAUGUUAAAUAAUUAUAAGUUUACAGAAUAACAUAGCUUUAAUCCGGUUAAAGUGUUUUCUUUAAAUUGUUUACUUGUAAUAUUACAAACACGAUAUCUGUGCUUGAGGAUUCCUACAAAAAAUUAAUUCGUUUGCGUACUUUUAUUUUUGAACGCUUUGCUAACAUUCGCCGACUAGAUGGCGAAUAAAUUGCAGUAAAUGUGCUAACGUAAUUCUUGCACGGCCCCAAUAAAAGGGGCCGUGCAAGUAUUACGUAAGCACGUCGUUCGUCGUUGGUUUUAUUUGGUGAUUACGUCAACAGUAAUUAUUUACUUUUUACGCAUAUUACGCACACAUUGUCUGUGCUUGAGAAUUCCAACAACUUACGUACUUUUAUUUAUGAACGCUUUGCUAACAUUCGCUGACUAGAGGGCGCAUAAAUUGCAGUAAAUAUGCUUACGUAAUACUUGUACGGCAAAUUAUAAAUUUAAAUUUGGAUUAAAAACAUUUAAAAAACUUUUAUAAUAGGCAUUUCGUGAACUAGUUUAAGUUUAUUUAACUGAUGAAGUUUUCCCAUUAGUUCAAUUUUACAUGCAAUGUGCAAUUUAUUGUUGUUGUUGCAAACGGUGUUUUACUUUGUAUGAAGCACGUCAUAGAUAUUAAGUAUUUAUGUAGUUAAGACAUGGACAGUUUAUAUAAAUAAUCAAUUAUAUUUGAAAAUGUAUUUUUAUUUCUUUAAUGAAACACGAAUUUCCUUAAAUUCUAUACUGGGUUUCAGUUUUAACUUAGAUGAUUAAAAAUUAUUUGUA